AACUCGUAUACAGUGCCUUCGCUAGCUCAGGACCUUGCGUCUAUAUGGGCAACCACGGUCAGCACCCCAACGACUGAGAAUAUGGGACUUUUCAGCUGCUUCUCGCGGCCGGCCUCACGGCCCUGCAAGUUAUCGGAAUCACCUCCGCAUUCUGCGAAGGUGGAAGCCAAAGGUCGUGACCACGCCUCGCCAUUCAACGCGGAAGAGCUCUACCUCAAAGAUGCAGGAGUGGGCGACCUGCGCCAGAAGGCCUGGGUCGUUCACAGCGACGCACCCAGCGCUGCGCUGCCGCAACAGUUCUCCAACGACUCCGCACGCGCGCUCAUGCCGCAGCAGCUCGCACCCACAUCCAGCAGCACUUACGCGACAACGACGCCUCAUGCCUCGUCCGACGGCCGCUGCUCCGCCAGCAGCUGCUACGGCGGCACCGCCGCCAAUGCGCUUGCGGCCUCCAAGUCGCCUUCCUCCCAUGGGGUGCAUACCGCUGAUGGCACGCAGCACGACGCGCGGGAGCCGCCGGCAGCCGGCCCGGAUGUUGUCACCGCUCAUCACGCACAGCAGCAUCGACCUGUCGUGAGGAGCCAGCAGCAGUACAUGGCUACCUUGCAGGAGGCUCCCCCAACAAGGAGUGACGGCCGUGGCAGUAGCCACGGCGUUGGGCGCCCCCGGCGAAUGUCCGCCUACGCAGUCCCUACCGCGACAGCUGAGGCACCGGCGCGCUGGCCCAUCACCGCUGCCACUCGGGACACGGCGGCCCACCAGACCCUGUCGGACAUGCGCCAGUCCCACAUGUCCAAGUCCUUCACAGACAUGCGGCAGCUGUCUAAACAGCAUGGCGCGCCCGCCGCCGCGCCGGUGCUUGAUUUCACGGCGGCCGCGCUGCUGGCAAGCGGCCGUGUAAACAUGCUGCACGUGCACGUGCAGCGACUGAAGCAGCGGAAGGACGCUGCCGGCUUACAUAUGCAGGCGUCGUCACGUGCAGCAAACUCGCACCUGGGCGAAGGGGGCCGCGGCGCUGGCGGCGGCGACCCCAGCUGCCAAAGGCCGCCACUGCUGGCGCCGCGCGGCCGGCGCAAUUCCCUCGGUGAUGGCCGCGGCAGCGGCGGCGGCGGUGGCAACACUUUUUACGCUUCUCCGCGGCGACACUCCGUCGACGGCAGCCGGGGCGACGGCAGAGACCUUGACGGGGUGCAGCAGGCGCGCGCGAGCAGCCGCGGACCCGGCUCCCAGCGCUGCCGCCGCAGCUCAGCUGAUGGCGGCGGUGGCGGCCGGACGUUCGAUCCUGUGGAGGCGCGCCUGGCCAGGAGGGCGGACGCCGCGCUGGCAGCGAGGCGGAGCUCCGGCAACACCGGGCCGGGCCAGCAGCGCCCGCAGCCCCGCCCGCAGCAGGAGCAGCUCAGGGGCGCGGCCUCGUAUGGCCUCAUCAUCUAGCCACGGUGGGGUGAGGAUGAGCGCGCCCUGAACCGCCGGCGGGGCGGGGCUCUUGCUUUUACUGCAUCCACAGCACAUACAGCACAAACGUAUCGCAGACAUAGCAUGGGGUCGAGCUAAAGUGCGUCGGGGUGGGACGUGAGUUUCAAAGUGGCAAGCAUGAGGCUGCUUCUGCCGGAACAGGCUGGGAUUCAUGUCGUUGCACGUGACUAACUAAAGUGGGUUUGGGUUAAAUCCCUCAAGCCCUUUCCGUCUGGGCUAGUAAGCUGCCUCUGAAUAAAGCGAAAAUGUUUGAGGCGCUAUCGGAAAGGCAUACGCAAGCAGGGUGCGCGCUCUGGCGCCGCGACGUGGAAGUCACGGUUGAAGUCCUCAGUACUUCUCCUGCACGGCCCGCACGCGUGGCCGGCUCUGUUGUGUCACAGGCUCUUAGCCCGUAAUCAGUACCGUACAUACAAUGCGCGCAGCCCUAAUAGGAUUCUUUUGAACGUUCCCUGUCUGCUUGUGUAGUUUGCGGGCGUGUGGUGUCAAGUGGUUUCACCGCAUGCGUAAAGGCCUCGGGUCCAUGUACAUAAUUGACCCUCGUUGAAGGCGUUAUUACAGUGUUGCUGGUCGUAUGCAAACGUAUGCAAGGGUAUGCUUUCCGUGUUCAGGCUACUUUGGCGCACCGUGAGGUUGCCCAUCUUAUCUUUGUUUCCAAUACGGGCCAG